GAGAGAAAGUGUGUGUGUUUAAGCUCGCGAGUCCCCGGGGCCCGAGGAACGGAUUUGGGAGCUCAAGAUGCUCAACAUGUGGAAAGUGCGGGAGCUGGUGGAUAAAGCCACCAAUGUGGUCAUGAAUUAUUCAGAGAUCGAGUCUAAGGUUCGAGAGGCGACCAACGAUGACCCCUGGGGACCUUCUGGGCAGCUCAUGGGAGAGAUAGCCAAAGCUACAUUUAUGUUUGAGCAGUUUCCUGACCUAAUAAACAUGCUGUGGACGCGGAUGCUGAAGGACAACAAAAAGAACUGGCGACGGGUUUAUAAGUCUUUGCUGUUGCUGGCGUACCUCAUACGGAAUGGAGCGGAGCGGGUCGUCACAAGCGCCAGGGAGCACAUUUAUGACUUGCGAUCCUUGGAAAAUUACCACUUUGUAGAUGAAAAUGGAAAAGACCAAGGCAUUAACAUUCGGCAGAAGGUGAAGGAAAUGGUCGAGUUCAUCCAGGACGAUGACCGUCUCCGAGAGGAGAGGAAAAAAGCCAAAAAGAACAAAGAUAAAUACAUUGGAGUGUCAUCAGAAGGUGCUGGGGGGUUCCGAUACAAUGAUCGAUAUGACACUGAGUCCAAAUCUAAGUGGGAUGAGGACUGGGACAAAAGUAAGGCAGGUUUUCCAUUCGGUGACAAGCUGGGGGAAAUAAGUGAUAAAAUUGGAAGCACCAUAGAUGACACUAUUAACAAGUUCAGGAGGAAAGACAGGGAAGAUUCUCCUGAGAGAGGAAGUGACAGCGAAGAAGAAAGGAAACAGAACCGAGCAAAACAAUCAGGAGAGUUCAAAGACCAAGAGGAAACCGUGACCACCAAACACAUCCACUUCACUCAGGCUUCAGAAACCACCACCACUCGACACACACGUUCGGCCAACCCUUCCAAGACUAUUGACCUGGGGGCUGCUGCUCACUAUACUGGAGACCAAGGAAGUCCUGUGCUUACCUCCUCAAACCAGAAUCAAGCGUCCACUGUCAAGCCUGCUGCAACCAGUAAAUCAUCAAACGAUCUUGUCAAUUUUUUGUUCGACUCAGGACAGAAAUCAGGUUCCACAGGUUCUGAUCCAUUUGGUGAGUUUGCAGAUUUUACCUCUCCUGCUGCUGUAACUUCUUCUGUCCCAGCGUUGCAAGGUUCAGCAUCGAGCAGUAAUGGAGAAUUCGGAGACUGGGGUGCUUUCAGUCAACAGACACCAGCUCCUGCAGCAGCUGCUUCACUCGAUCUUUUUGGAGGAGCCGCACCUCCUAACACAGACUUUUUUACUGCUGUUCCUUCUCAACCCACUCAUGCUGCAACCAACUCCACAGACCUCUUUGACUUAAUGGGUCCUUCACAUGCGACCAUGACCUCAUCCCAGAGUAUGAACCUGUCCAUGAUGAGUUCCAGCACUGUAGGGCUUUCCUUGCCUAUGUCAAGGUCCCAGCCCCUCCAGGCAAUGAACAUGGGCCUUCAGAAGCAAAACACACUCCAUUCACAAGGAAUAGACAUGAAAGGCACAGGGAAAUCUCUACCUCCCACUUGGUCUGACCCCAGCGUCAACAUCUCACUGGACAGUCUGAUCCCUGGCAUGCAGCCCUGCAAACCUGCACAGCCCAGCCUAAACUCCAUGAUGCAACAGCACACUAUACAGCAGCCGAUCGGCAUGAUGUCACAGGGCUUUGGAAAUCUAACCAUCGGAGGAACCCCUGGCAUGAUGCCCAUCCGUCCCCAGACGAGCCCAGUUAUGCCUAAUGCCGUGGCUGCAGGGAUGGGGAUCCCCAACAUGAUGACUGGCACUAUAGGAGUCCCUCCAAUGAUCAACCAACCCAUGAUGGGAAUGGGAAUGGGCAUGCCUAGCUCUAUGGGCAUGGGUUUAGCUCCUGGAUCAAUGCCGCCCAAACAAGAUGCCUUUGCAAACUUUGCCAACUUCAGCAAAUAGAAGCUUUAUGUCUCCAGAGUUGGGGGGUCUCUGAAGGAUUUUCUUUCUCAGCUGCACACGAAGAAGCGCGAGGGGAACUAGAAGAAGAGCCCGAUACUCCUCCACACAAAUCUUUUUUUUUUUUUUAUCAAUGAAUAAAAGAAACUUCCAGGCAAGGCAGUUUGUAAGGCUCCAAUGCCUUUACGUAUCACACCGGAUUAUUUGGGCACACUCACAGUUUAUCAGGGGAUGGGACUGCUUUUUGUACACCUGAGAUUUGUGUGAACACAAAUAGUAACCUGCAUUCAACUCGACACAUUCCUCACGUGAGCUCCCCCAGGAAAUGUCUCCUGUUUUUAUGAAAUAUACAUAUAUAAAUAGAAGAAAAUGAUCUAUUUUUUCGCUGAAGUGGCUGCUGUGACCUUCAGCUCCAGGCCUAUGCUCCCUAAUAUUGUCGACAAGUAUUGCAGCACCCGUCCUGGAGAUCGAUGGCUAAUGAGUGCCCAUCUCGGAAUAUAUCCCAAUGUUUUUUAGCUCCGUAAAACCUCCUUCUACAUAGGGACCAGCCAUAAUCACCCCAGGACUGCACUACAUUAUUGGCACGGGGGGAGAAGACUGACAUUGGCACAAAAAUAAGCUGCGUAUAAUCAUUUGGGCUGAAUAUCAAGCAGGUUAGAAAUUCUUCUGCUUCUAUCCAGCUUUUAUUGGCUGCUGGGGUCACUGACCCCUGUAGGCAAAAAAACUCUCUCUCCUUCAUUGAGGCUACAAUUUAAAGGCAGAUACACACGGUCAGAUUCGGGGAGAACAGUCGUCCAGCAUCAAAUCGCCUCUUCUUCGGGGCAACUAAUCUCCCCGACUUGCUUUCCUGCCGGCUAGAAAGUAAAUCGCCAGUAGGAUGGCACUCUGAGCGCUUCGUUUUCUGAAGUCACCCAAAGUUGCCUCACGAGGAAACGUCGGUGACUUCACAAAACGAUUCGCUACAAAAGCCAUCCCAGCCGGCGAUUUAUGGCACUCAGAACGCUUUGUUUUCCGAAGUCACCCGCAGUUGCCUCACGAGGAAACUUUGGGUGAAAACGAAUCCCGCCGGAGAUUUACAUUCUAGCUGGCGGGAAGGCAGUUUGGGAAGAUAAGUCGCCCCGAAGAAGAGGAUAUUUGUUAUUGGGCGACUAAUCUCCCCGGAUCUGACUGCGUGUCUCUGCCCUUAAUGUUAUUGUUACUUUUUAAUUCCUUUUCUUUCUGCAGCCCCUUUCCUAUUCAUCUUGCAGAAAUUCCCAUCAGCCUCAGUCUCCCUAGGCCCCAAAUGUGAUCCAAUGUGAUUAAUGAACUUAGGGCUAAAGCAUCAGAUCAUCAUAAUCGUGGACAAAUUGGGUACCAAUCUGAUCAAUUGGCGACUUCUAUAUCUUCAAAAAAAAAAAAAAA